AAAUCCCCAAAGGCAAAAACUGUGUUCUGCUGUCUUGAAGAUGACCUUCGCCCUCACCAACUGACAGCCAUGACGUCAAAACUUGUCCGACAGGUUCAAGCGUCUCGACACAGCCCUGCAAAGAUUCUUCAACUUCAAAACCUUCUGGACGUUUUCUUGCAAGUCUCGCAUUUUUCGUCCACCAUGUUUCAUCCGGUUCGUGUCGUGUGUCUGCCUCUGUUCUGUGGGCUCAUUUUGAGCACUGCUUCGACAUCCAAAGGCAAGAAGAACGCCGACUGCGGAGGUGUUUACACGGAACAAGAGGGGACUAUCACGUCCCCAGGCUGGCCCGAUAAAUACCCAAACCGACGCCGCUGUGUGUACGAGAUCAGAGCUUCCCCUGGGGGGAAAAUCACCCUGCAGUUCCCCACCUUCCGCUUGGAGUCACGGAUGAGACGUUAUUGUUUGGACUGGAUGAAGCUUUACGAUGGGGACACCCUGAUCGAACGCCCGUUCUGUGGAAGGGAAAUCGGCUCUGAUCGCGUCUUCACCUCAAAAACCAGCAAGAUAAGGGUGUUUUUUAAGAGUAACUACAGACGACGAUUCCGUGGGUUCAUCGGCACCUACAAGACGUCCAACGACUUGCAGGGUAGCGUUACCACACCUGUAAUCGUUGUUACCACACCUGUAGUCGUUGUUACCACACCUGUAGUCGUUGGACAUAUGUCCAACGACUCCAGGUGUGGCAUCCCCGCCGUUCCCAGAACACCUUGGACCCGCCCGACCAAAGGGAACAAGAUCGUAGGAGGGAAUAUCGCAGCACCUGGCAGCUACCCUUGGCAAGUCGGUUUAUUGAAUGUACACGCGGUACGUCCGUUUUGUGGCGGGGCUUUGUUAAGUGAAAACUGGGUUGUCACCGUCGCGCAAUGUAUUGGUGAUCCAACAUUUUUAGUGGUGGUUGGAGAGCACGAUGUGAACAACAGCCCGGAGUGGAAAGAGACUGUGGAAGUCAAACAAAUCAUUGUUCAUCCCGACUACAGCGACGUCACACUUGAUAACAACAUAGCCCUCGUGAAGCUGGAGUCUCCUGUAUCUCUGAAUGAUUAUGUCCAGCCGAUCUGCCUCCCCAAACGGGACUUUAAACCGGAAGGGAAGGUCGUCACCGUAGCCGGGUGGGGUCAUACCUCGGAAGGUGGGGCCCCGUCACCCGUCCUGCUACAAGCCGAGGUGCCAGUAUUAACUGCCGCUGAGUGUUAUGCGAGUUACGUAACCAACUGGAUUAUUGCUAAGAGCAUGAUUUGCACAGGGUACGCAGCUGGCGGAGUGGACACGUGCCAGGGAGACAGCGGCGGUCCCGUGGUGCUUUUCCCGUCCGAAGGGCCUGCUUACGUAGUCGGGCUGGUCAGCUGGGGUAUAGGCUGUGCGAGUCCGGGCUAUCCGGGGGUGAGCACUCGGGUGUCUACAUACGUGGACUGGAUCGUCCACAACAUGGACGAUUAAAGGCAACCUAAGCAAUAUUAGCCCGAGCCAGGGUUGUAGAACAAUUAUCUUUGCUAUCAAAAAGAAUAAUGAAACUCAUGAUUAGCCCAACUCGAUUGUAACACUAUAUCAAAGACUUGUGUUAGCCUUUCUUGUUAUGUUAAUUAGGAUGUUAAGCCUUAUUGUAUACACCUUUUUUUGUACUUUGUGUAAUAGUCGUUGCCAUACAUUGUACCAUGUACAAAUGUCGUGCAGUAAAGUUCAUCAUUAUCAAAUUCAAAUUGAGGGUACUUUUUUACGUAAUAAGAUGAAGCAACUCUAUUCCAUUCCAUACCAACAUUCAAGGAGCAAAUAUUCGAUGCCGCACUGGCGCGAGGACGCCGUGAAGUCUAAUUUUUGUGGGUUACAAUAUUUAGGGAAUCAUAGCGUGGCUUGUUAUAAAUGCGCCGUUUUUAACCGCUCAGAGUAUGAAAUAAUGAUGUUAAUGUGGGAAUAUAGUGCCGUUGGUAUCAAUUUCAUACAUAUUGCCGCAUCCAGAACAUUUCCACUUUUAACACACUCUAAAAUUGCUUAGGUUGCUUAGAACUGCCAAACAAAUAUCAUAUACCAGUGUACAAUAGUACUAUAUGGUACUUUCCAAAUUCUGGUCUGUGAUAGAAAAAAUUAUAUAAGCAUUGUAUAGCCUGGGCGCGAGUAGAAAUAUUAUACAAUAUCUACGGUACGUCGAUGAUGGUUAGACACCCAAGUAAUUAUAAGAUACGCAAACUAGUAAUUACUUUACGUCUGCCGCUUCCAAAACAACUUUA